GGGGAAAAUGAGAAGGUGUCUCCUCUUGGCGAGAGGACUCAUUGACAGGACUCUUGAAAAACUUGGAGAGAUUCCAGAAAAGAAAGCUGGCGGAGCAACAAACGCAACCAUGACGAAGAACUGCCACAACGACUACAAGAUGAAGUUCUCUCUGGACGAUGAGUUCCCAGAUCUGUCCCUGCACAACAACCACAUGGCAAAGGUGCUGAACAAGGACAUCUAUGGCAAGCUCAGAGGAAAGUCCACCCCCAGUGGUUUCACCGUGGAUGACGUCAUCCAGACUGGUGUUGAUAACCCUGGUCACCCCUUCAUCAUGACCGUCGGCUGCGUUGCUGGUGAUGAGGAGUCCUAUGAGGUCUUCAAGGAUCUUCUGGACCCCAUCAUCUCAGACCGUCAUGGUGGAUACAAACCCACCGACAAGCACAAGACCGACCUGAACUUCGAGAACCUGAAGGGUGGUGAUGACCUGGACCCCAACUAUGUGCUGUCCAGCCGUGUCCGUACCGGCCGCAGCAUUAAGGGAUUCACCCUGCCCCCCCACAACAGCCGUGGCGAGCGUAGAGCCAUCCAGAAGCUGUCCAUUGAGGCCCUCGCCAGUCUUGAGGGUGAGUUCAAGGGAAAGUACUACCCCCUGGACGGCAUGACCGACGCCGAGCAGGAGCAGCUGAUCAGUGAUCACUUCCUCUUCGACAAGCCCGUGUCCCCCCUGCUGACCUGCGCCGGCAUGGCCCGUGACUGGCCCGACGCUAGAGGCAUCUGGCACAACGACAACAAGACCUUCCUGGUCUGGGUGAACGAGGAGGAUCACCUGCGUGUCAUCGCCAUGGAGAAGGGAGGCAACAUGAAGGAGGUCUUCAAGCGCUUCUGCGUUGGCCUGCUGAAGAUCGAGGAGAUCUUCAAGAAGCACAACCACGGCUUCAUGUGGAACGAGCAUCUGGGAUACGUCCUGACCUGCCCCUCCAACCUGGGAACCGGCCUGCGCGGUGGCGUGCACGUCAAGCUGCCCAAGCUCAGCACACAUGCCAAGUUUGAGGAGAUCCUGACCAGGCUGCGUCUGCAGAAGCGUGGAACAGGUGGUGUGGACACAGCCUCCGUGGGUGGCGUGUUCGACAUCUCCAACGCUGACCGUCUGGGCUCCUCCGAGGUGGCCCAGGUCCAGCUGGUGGUUGAUGGUGUCAAGCUGAUGGUUGAGAUGGAGAAGAAGCUUGAGAAGGGCGAGUCCAUCGAUGGCAUGAUCCCCGCCCAGAAGUAAAGUGGACAGACAAACAACCCGUGACUGAGUGACUGUCUGUGUUUGUUUUUUUAUUUUAUAAAAAAUGAACAGGUAGCCUUGUUGUAAAGUUAUUUUACUGGUUUCGGCCAAUUUGGCUACUUCCUGCUUACUUCUUUCCACCAAGAAGACACUCCACUUUUCUUUCUGCUACUUUCCUACUAACUUCUAUCCACCAUCUUUUUCUUUUCCUGCUUUCACUUUAUUCCCUCUUUCUAAUUUCCUGUCCCUGUAACCAUCUCUCCUCCCAUCAUCUCUGUAACAUCCUGGGAUCAACCCAUGCAUAGUCUGGUCGUGGCUAUGUGUGCGCACCGAAAUAUAUUUUUUUGGUUGUAAUAUAAAAACUGGACAAUUAAAUUCUGCCCCAUGUGACAAUCAAA